AUGGCUUCCCAGGGCUACCGUCCCCCGGACCCACGUGCACCCAACCCAUUCGCAGACCCACGACAACAACAACAACCGGGCCAACCAGGAAUCCAAUAUGGCCAGCGUUCUCAAUAUGAGGGCUCUGAGUCUGAGCAUGACCACUAUGGCCCUAAUGCGAGCACAACGCGUCUAGCUCCUGGUCAAUCUUGGGACGCCGAAGCCAAUCGUCGAUACAACCCUUCAAUUGACUCUCACUCUAGCAUGCCCAGUAUAUCGCCAUUUGCUGACCCUGGCCUCAAUGCCGACCCAUACCCGGCUUGGUCUGCCGACCGACAAAUCCCGAUGUCGACUGAAGAGAUUGAGGACAUCUUCCUUGACUUGACCCAGAAGUUUGGUUUCCAAAGGGACUCUAUGCGCAACAUGUUCGACUUUCUGAUGCAGCUCCUCGAUUCACGAGCCUCUCGUAUGACGCCAAACCAGGCACUCCUCACCCUUCAUGCUGACUACAUCGGUGGACAACAUGCCAACUAUCGCAAAUGGUAUUUUGCAGCCCAGCUGAACCUUGACGACGCCGUUGGUCACUCACAAAAUCCGGGGCUCCAGCGUCUCAAGUCGGUCAAAGGCGGAAAAAACAAAGGCGGCAAGUCUUUAGACAGCGCUCUUAAUCGCUGGAGGAAUGCCAUGAAUAAUAUGAGCCAGUACGACAGACUCCGACAAAUCGCCCUCUUCCUUCUAUGUUGGGGUGAAGCGGGCAAUGUCCGCUUUGUGCCAGAAUGUCUCUGCUUCAUUUUCAAAUGCGCAGACGACUACUAUCGCAGUCCUGAAUGUCAGAACAAAAUCGACCCCGUUCCAGAGGGCUUGUACCUUCACACCGUCGUCAAACCUCUUUACCGGUUCAUGCGUGACCAAGGGUACGAGGUGGUUGAAGGCAAAUUCGUGCGGAAGGAAAAGGACCACAAAGACAUUAUUGGCUAUGAUGACAUCAACCAACUUUUCUGGUACCCUGAAGGUCUUGCCCGCAUUACGUUGACAGAUAAUUCCCGUCUCGUCGACGCUCCGCCAGCUCAGAGGUUUAUGAAGUUCAGCAAGAUAGAUUGGAACCGGGUGUUCUUCAAGACGUAUUUCGAGAAACGGUCCAAGUGGCAUCUCCUCGUCAACUUCAACCGAAUAUGGAUUCUCCAUAUCUCGGUCUACUAUUUCUUCACGGCUUUCAACUCACCGCGUGCUUAUGCCCCCCGCAACAAACUUGAUCCAUCACCAGAGAUGACGUGGUCCGCUGUUGCGCUUGGCGGAGGAGUUUCGACUCUGAUCAUGGUUUUCGCUACCCUUGCGGAAUAUUCGUACAUUCCCACCACCUGGAAUAAUGCGUCUCACCUGACAACGCGUUUACUUUUCCUCCUCGUCAUCCUCGCACUUACUGUCGGCCCGACCUUUUACAUUGCCCAAAACGAUGGCAAGCCUAACCAGACUUCCCAAAUCCCACUCAUCAUUGGCAUUGUGCAGUUCUUCAUAUCUGCCGUUGCUACUCUGCUGUUCGCGCUUAUUCCAUCUGGAAGGAUGUUUGGCGAUCGUGUCGCCGGGAAAUCCAGGAAGUACAUGGCCUCACAAACAUUCACUGCCUCUUAUCCCGCUCUGUCUCGAAGUGCACGCAGCGCCUCCAUAUUCAUGUGGAUUCUCAUCUUCGGCUGCAAAUUCGUGGAAUCGUACUUCUUCUUGACGAGCUCGUUCAGCAGUCCCAUUGCGGCCAUGGUUCGGACCAAAGUCCAGGGAUGCAAUGACAAGAUAUUUGGGUCGAGUUUAUGCUCCAAUCAAGUCCUCUUCACGCUGGCCAUUAUGUACGUCAUGGACCUGAUCCUGUUCUUUUUGGACACCUACUUGUGGUACAUCAUCUGGCUCGUCGUUUUCAGUAUCGGCAGGUCCUUCUCCUUGGGUCUCUCGAUUUGGACGCCCUGGUCAGAAAUAUUCACUCGGAUGCCCAAACGAAUCUACGCGAAACUUUUGGCAACAGGCGAAAUGGAGGUUAAAUACAAACCCAAGGUUCUCGUGUCUCAAAUCUGGAAUGCGAUCAUCAUUUCGAUGUACCGCGAGCAUCUACUCUCCAUCGACCAUGUUCAGCGGCUCCUCUAUCACCAAAUUGAUGGACCUGACGGCCGUCGUACUCUCCGUGCUCCUCCUUUCUUCACCAACCAAGCUGCCGGCUCCAAGAGUGCCUUUUUCCCACCCGGAGGUGAAGCUGAAAGACGGAUUUCAUUCUUUGCGUCCUCCCUGACAACGUCAUUCCCUGAUCCUCUUCCCGUCGAUGCUAUGCCAACCUUCACCGUACUCGUACCUCAUUACUCCGAAAAGAUUCUCCUCAGUCUCCGGGAGAUCAUCCGCGAGGAGGACCAGAACACACGAGUCACGCUGCUCGAAUAUUUGAAACAACUGCAUCCUGUUGAGUGGGACAACUUCGUCAAGGACACGAAAAUCCUUGCUGAAGAAUCUGGGGCAAUGGAUGGCACUACGUCCAAUCCUGGCAGCGAAAAAUCGACCAAGGUUGAUGAUUUGCCAUUCUAUUGCAUUGGGUUCAAGACGUCAUCGCCCGAAUACACUCUUCGAACUCGAAUUUGGGCCUCCCUCCGUGCACAGACUUUGUAUCGAACCGUUUCGGGUAUGAUGAACUACUCCAAGGCCAUCAAGCUGCUCUAUCGUGUCGAAAAUCCCGACAUCGUCCACAACUUUGGUGGCAAUACCGAGCGACUGGAACGUGAGCUUGAGCGCAUGGCUCGCCGCAAGUUCAAGUUUGCCGUAUCGAUGCAGCGAUUCUCCAAAUUCAAUAAGGAGGAGCAGGAGAAUGCGGAGUUCUUGCUUCGCGCGUAUCCUGACCUGCAAAUAGCUUAUCUGGACGAAGAACCCGGCAAACAAGGUGGCGAAACCCGUCUUUUCUCUACCCUCAUCGACGGGCAUUCAGAAAUUGACGAGGCAACGGGCAAACGCAAACCGAAAUUCCGUAUUGAGCUUCCGGGCAAUCCAAUUCUGGGCGAUGGUAAAUCAGACAAUCAGAAUCACGCGAUUGUCUUUUACCGUGGCGAAUACCUCCAGCUCAUCGACGCUAACCAAGACAACUACCUCGAAGAAUGCAUCAAGAUCCGCAAUGUGCUUGGCGAGUUCGAAGAGCUCUCUGUUUCAAGUCAAAGUCCUUACGCGCAAUGGGGUCAUAAAGAGUUCAAUAAAUCGCCUGUAGCCAUCCUUGGAACCCGCGAGUACAUUUUCUCAGAGAACAUCGGUGUUUUGGGUGACAUUGCGGCUGGCAAGGAGCAGACAUUCGGAACAAUGACAGCCCGUGCGUUGGCUUGGAUCGGAGGCAAACUGCAUUAUGGACAUCCUGAUUUCCUCAACGCUAUCUUUAUGAACACGCGUGGCGGAGUUUCAAAGGCACAAAAGGGUUUACAUCUGAACGAGGAUAUUUUUGCUGGUAUGAACGCGUUCGGCCGAGGUGGGCGCAUCAAGCAUGCCGAGUACUACCAGUGUGGCAAAGGACGUGAUCUCGGUUUCGGUACCAUUCUCAAUUUCCAGACCAAGAUCGGAACUGGUAUGGGCGAACAAAUGCUCAGUCGAGAAUAUUACUACCUUGGCACCCAACUCCCCAUCGACCGUUUCCUCACCUUCUACUACGGUCACCCAGGUUUCCACGUCAACAAUAUCCUUGUCAUCUAUUCGAUUCAAAUCUUCAUGGUCACUUUGGUCUUCCUUGGUACGCUCAACAAGCAACUCGCGAUAUGUAAGGUGGACUCGCAAGGCAACGUGACUGGUGGUCAGCCAGGCUGUUACAACCUCAUUCCAGUUUUCGACUGGAUUCGUCGUUGUAUCGUAUCUAUCUUCCUUGUCUUCUUCAUCGCUUUCCUCCCGUUGUUCCUUACAGAAUUGGUGGAGCGUGGAACAGGCAAAGCGCUGCUUCGACUAGGGAAGCACUUCCUUUCAUUGGCCCCCGUAUUCGAAGUCUUCUCCACGCAAAUCUACUCGCAGUCCAUUCUGAGCAAUCUCACAUUUGGUGGAGCGCGAUAUAUUGCCACUGGUCGUGGUUUCGCAACGACUCGAAUGUCGUUUGCUAUUCUCUACUCCAGGUUCGCUGGACCCAGUAUCUACAUGGGCAUGCGUAACCUUCUCCUGCUUUUAUACGCAACCAUGGCCGUUUGGAUUCCCCAUCUCAUCUACUUCUGGCUUUCGGUUCUCUCCCUCUGUGUUGCGCCGUUCUUGUUCAAUCCUCAUCAAUUCUCCUUCGCCGAUUUCAUCAUCGACUACCGAGAAUUUUUACGAUGGAUGUCACGUGGUAACUCGCGAACAAAGGCCAGCAGUUGGUAUGGGUAUUGCCGUCUGUCGAGGACGAUGAUUACAGGUUACAAGAAGAAGAAACUCGGACUGCCCUCUGAGAAGCUUUCUGGUGAUGUCCCUCGUGCGCCUUGGAGCUCCGUCAUUUUCUCUGAAGUCAUUUUGCCGAUCUGUGGUGCCACCAUCUUCGUCGUCGCCUACAUGUUUGUGAAAUCCUUCCCCGAUGCCAAGACUGGACAGAAUCCAAGCCCGCUAAUCCGUAUCGGCCUUGUCGCCAUUGGACCCAUUGCCUGGAACGCGACAAUGCUCCUCACGCUCUUCUUCAUUUCACUCUUCCUCGGACCCAUGCUCGAGUCAUGGGCUAAAUUCGGCGCUGUCAUGGCGGCACUGGCCCAUUUCCUGGCUCUGCUUGGAAUCAUUGUGUUCUUCGAGUUCUUCUGGUUCCUAGAACUCUGGGAUGCAUCCCACGCUGUACUGGGACUGAUUUGCAUUAUUGCUAUCCAGCGUGCUGUGCACAAGAUUCUCAUUGCCGUCUUCCUGACGCGUGAGUACAAGCACGACGAGACGAAUCGGGCGUGGUGGACUGGUAAAUGGUAUGGAAGAGGGCUCGGCAACUCCGCGAUCUCGCAACCCGCGCGAGAGUACCUGGUCAAAAUCGUCGAGAUGUCGCUAUGGAGCUCCGACUUCGUCAUUGCCCAUUUCCUGCUGAUCAUCCUUACUCCCCCCAUCCUCAUCCCUGGCGCCAACCGUUUGCAUUCGACCAUGCUGUUCUGGCUGCGACCUUCAAAACAGAUUCGGGCACCUCUCUUCUCCAUGAAGCAGAAGCGCCAACGACGAUGGAUCGUCAUGAAAUAUUCAGUCGUCUACAUCGUUGUCGUCGCAUUCCUUGCUGCACUAAUCGUCUUGCCCGCGCUUUUCCGGGACACGAUUACGUUCAACUGCACGCUGUGCAAGUCUAUCUGA